UAGUAGCUGGUUCAAGUUGUGCCUGUAGGAGAGGAAUCUGACUCACACACUCCCUGGUGCUAUUUAAAUGAAAAAUAUAAUUUGCAUUUGCAGAAGUACAGGUACAUUGGAAUCACACACGCACACACACACACGCACACAGAGCGUCAGCCAUUUAUCUGGUACCCCUCUAGCAUUUUUUGGGGGGUUAGGGGCCUUGCUCAAGGGUGCAACGGACAUGUGCCUAUUUUGCCUUGGCUGGGAUUCGAACCGACAACCAUCCUUCCAUUAAGGUGUGUGCUGUGUGAAGAGUGGUAUAUAUUUGGGUAAAUAAGGGUGAUUGAGUGCAGUUUCUUUACUAGGAGAUGCAGUUGAGGUAUGCUGUGCUUGGGUUCUACAUUUGGGGGGACGACGCCGUAGCCUCAAAUGCGACUGUGGUACUGAGGUCUCACCAUGGAUCCACCACCUUGGGGAACAGGUGGGGAUGGACGCACAAGUGCAGUGCUGCCAGUGAGGGAGGUGUUGGCCGUCAGGUGUGCCUGGUCAUGUGCUGCAGACUGAAACAGCCCCCGCUUUCUUAAUGGAUUCAACAAUAAACACCCCCCUCCCCAUCCCUAAGCCUGGUAAGAGGGGAUUAGAGCCAAAUUCGGGUCAGAAGCUCCUAUCCCACAAGACGGUGUGUGCUUCGAUCUUGCUAGGACUCGGCUACGAUGAGAGUGGAUGCUCCUUGUCACUGUUUAUUUUAUGUUUAAAGGUUCCUGGCUGGAAUUCGCCACUAAUGGCUAAUUACACUUAAACGUUCAGCUACACUCGUCUUGAUUUUAUUUUUACAGGAUCUUAUUUUUAGAUGUUUUAUGCUGAACUUAAUACUGCUGAUUUUACAGCUGGAACAUCGUGACUCAAGCCCUCGUGUACCACCCGUCAUCCCUUCCAAAUUAGGCUCCUAACUGCAUAAGAAAGCACAGUUUUAGCGGCUCCGGGGGUGAAGAUGAAUGUGCAGGCAGCUUUGCGGUAAGAGAGGAACUGACAUAAGCAGUCCAAACAAGCCGGAAAGCAUGCAGUACAAAAUACAACGAACCCACCACCAUUUCCUCUUGAAGCCUUGUAGGUUACGUGCCUAGUAUCGCACAGCUGCAUCGCCUAAGAAAGAGUCGGGUAAACCGGGGGCGUGCUUUAAAAGCCGUUGAACAAUGGUUUCGAGGACGUUAAAGGCAUUUUAGCUGCAAUCUUUGUAACCUUACGAAAAGCCGGAGACGUUAUUGAGGGAUUUGUUUAUGCUGCCCUCUGGUGGCUAUGUGAAGCACAGCCGAACGAUGCUGAGGCGAGGGGGGUGGAGGGGGUUUUCGCGUGUGUUUACUGACCUGCGGAUGCAUUAUCAAUGCUGAUGUGGUAUUCGUGGGAAAUCUACCCGGCGUUUUUUAGUUCAUGAUGCAUUUCAGGACAUGGCAAUUAGUUUUCAAACUAUAAAGAAAAAAAUGGCAUCUUUUCAACUGUUUGAACUCUUUGCAUCUACAAAGCUAACGAUUAUGAGCCAAAAAAUUAUUUUGUUGCAGUUAAAACGUAAUUUAACGUAGGAGUGUCGUUUUAGAAAGCUGGUCAGACGGAUUGUAUAGAGAAUUUGAAACAGUUGUGCGGGGUUUUGACACAGAUCUCUGGCGGCUUGGUGAUCUGAGCCAGUCUGGCUCAGUACACAUUUAAUGACUUUUAGUCUGCAUGGUUAAAACGAUGGUAACAAAAGGCACCUUAAGUACCCCCUAAGCAUCAGAUACCCCCCAUAUGAACGCCGGACAUCGUUCGUUUAGGAAAACACAUGUUAUCCUCGUGUGCAGCGUGUGCUUACACAUGCACAUCUUAUGGUUAAUUACGUGCUUCGAUAAACUUAUGUUAGCAUAAGGGUAUCUUAUUCCAAACUGUACGACUUGGCUGUUUGCGUUAGUGCUUGAUACGAUCGCUCUUCACACACUCCCAGCCCCCGAGGCGAAACGCCGCUUUCUGCAGCAAACCUGUACUGAUGCUUAGCGGACGCGUAAAACGGACCCGUGCAUUGGCAAGACUGAAACCGAACUCUGCGGUUUAACGGUUUAACAAAUUCAGUUUGACCCCGACAGGAUCCUCAGUCACACUUAAUACUGACACAGCUUAGACAAAGCAUCGGCCAUUUUUUAAAGGUCCUUUUUUUGGAGGUUUUUUAGAGGUUUAUUUUUUGUUGGGUUCCUCCUGAAUUCAUACUCUCGCUUUCGCUGACAUCCUGUUUCCCCGUGCCUCGUACCUAUGUACACUCUGCAAACCCCCUCACUUUUACUGAAUUCACUCUUUUGAUGUGGUGCCCUUGUUACUUUAUCUACAGCAAGCUAUAAACGAACUACAGGAAAACCUUGAAGUUGUAAUAGGAUUACAGAUGAACUUAAAAGUGGGGAGGUUUUCUCAGAGGCUUGGUUGGUCCCCCGGUGACCCGAUGUAAAGACCAGUGAGCGGUGAUCCAGGUCGAGGUGAUUUCUGAGGGACAUAGAUGCCGCCAGCUGGACCGCGCCCCAUCUCCCAGGACUCGCUGUCCUAUGGUAACCAGCAGGGGAUGAAGUAUCAGCCAUGCCCUCCCAGCCCAGCCCAGGGCCAGCGCCCCCUGCAGGUGCUGGACCUGUGGGAGCAGUACCGGGAUCCAGCUUCUGGCCGCUGCUUCUACGUCAACAGUGUGAGCGGCGAGCGUUCCUGGAAACCACCCCGGCGAGGCCGCAGCCAGGCGAGUCUCAUGGAAGCAGGAACCUCCAGCCAAAACUCCAACCACCUGUCGCCGGCUGGAAAAGGCACCAGGGACAUGAAUCAGGCCACCUCCUCGGACGGCCUCAGUGACACCUCCCUGAACUCAGAUGACACCCAACACCCCUACGCCCUGUCAGGGAGGACAGGACAGCCCAGCGGUAGCCGCCUGUUGGCGCUGCCCUCGCUGCAGGAUGCAAAGGGCCAGUUCUGUGUAGAUCAUGUGACCGGUCAUGUGACCAGCGGGGACACAGAUCAGCCCUCCACGGACAGCUGUGUGGAUGGUUCUGAGAGCAUCAUCACCCCAGAGCUGGAGAAGGCAGGGAUGCUGAAUAAGACGAAGAUCGCGGAAGGUGGCAGGAAGCUGAGGAAGAACUGGAGCCCCUCUUGGGUGGUUCUGGUGGGCAACAGCCUAGUCUUCUUCAAGGACCCCAAGUCACAGACACCCUCCAGCUGGAGGCCUGGGAAUAGCAAGCCGGAGAGCAGCGUGGACCUGCGUGGGGCCCAGCUGCACUGGGCCAACGAGCUCUCCAGCAAGAAGAAUGUCUUCCGGCUAAGGACAGUCACUGGAAAUGAAUUCCUGCUGCAGUCAGAGACGGACUCCGUGAUCAUGGAGUGGUUUAACACCCUGCGCGGUGUUAUCGAGCGGCUGGACCGUGAGAAUCCCCUGGACAAUGUGCUGCUCUUCUCUCUGCGGAGGUCCAGCAGCGUGGACAUGCUGGACCAGAGCGGCGACGAGGACGAAGGCCGAUCCGGGCAUAAGCCCUCCUUGCCUCGCUCGGUGUCCAACCUGGAGACCUCCGAGAAAAAGCGGGUGAAGAGCCGGCUGAGGAAGUUCAUCCAGAAGAGGCCCCCCCUACAGAGUCUCCAGGAGAAGGGGCUCAUUAAGGAUCAGGUGUUUGGGUGCCGCCUGGAGACGCUGUGUGAGAGAGAGAAGACCGCAGUGCCCCGCUUCGUCAAAAUGUGCACGGAGGCCGUGGAGAGGAGAGGGCUGGAGACGGAUGGAAUCUACAGAGUCAGUGGGAACUUAGCAGUCAUUCAGAAGCUGCGGUUCACUGUGAAUCAUGAGCGGGCAGUGAGCACCGAUGGACGAUUUCUGUUCCCAGAGGGGUUGGUGCAAGAGGAGAAGCUGAACCUGGACCACAUCCAGUGGGAGGACAUUCAUGUCAUCACUGGUGCCCUUAAGCUCUUCUUUCGGGAGCUUCCGGAACCUUUGGUCCCCUACAGCCUCUUUACGGACUUCGUUGAGGCAGUCAAGAUACCAGACUACCAGGAGAAAGUGGAUCGUUUGAAAUGCCUGGUUUACAGCAUGCCGACUGUCAACCACAACACUAUGCACUUCAUGUUCCAGCACCUGAGACGAGUGAUGAAGCAUUCAGACACGAACCGCAUGACGACCCAGAACAUCGGCAUCGUCUUUGGGCCCACGCUGAUGCGGCCGGAACGAGACACCGUCAACAUGGCCGUCAACAUGGUCUACCAGAACCAGGCUGUGGAGCUCAUUCUCAGCGAGUUCAGUCAGGUGUUCGGACCCGAAGACAAUGGAGCCCAGUGAAGGGGCCCCUCGCCUUUAGCCAGAAGAAUUGUCCCCUGCAUUUCUUCCAAACUGUCCAGUCCUGCCGAAACCGAAGGAAGAAGAAUAUGAAGGAAAUGUGGUGAAGUAAAGGAGAAGAUAGGACUGAAUUCAAGGGAAGGACCUGAAGAUCUGAAUCGGUAAUAACAUACGAGGAAGCGAGCCAGGGACCCAUGCUGAGAGGUGCGGGGCUUAUCGCCGGUAUGCACCUACAGCGGAUUUUCAGCGUGCCAAGUCAAGAAUGAUGACAAAAGACUAAGCAAUAGAAUUAACAUGCAAUAUAAAUAAAUGAAACAGCCAGUGCGUUUUAGCUCUCGGCUCACGGGGAGUCUGACAGACGGAUAGCUUAAGUGUCACUGAACACUCUGUGAACUGAUGGCACCAUUCAUUCACUCAGGGACUUGCAGGGGUGCCUGGGACCAUGAAGAGGAGAGGGUGUGUCCUGCUGUUUUUCUCUUUUUCUUGUGAUUGUGCUGGUGAUGUUGGUAUCGGUGGGGUAGGGUGGGGCGGGGUGACAUGAUGCAGUCUUCCAGGCUACCAGCUCUUACCGACAGGUGUUAAAAACGUCUCUGAGGCAACAUAUAAACUCGCAGUCAAACUUUUGCUUUUUUUGUCAUUGCAAGUCGCCCAUCUGUGUUUAUGUUUGUACUCUGUAGGAAGCACUAAUGUUCAGUUACAGCAUGUUGGAAGCGAGCUGAUCCAUUCUAAUGAGCUUCAUUUUGUUUACACGAAAAUGACCUCAGUUAUGAGCCUUUGAAUGAAAAUGUUUUAUGGACAAAAUGGCCUCCUAUGGACACACACACACACACACACAAUUGUAUUCAUAACAUUGUCUGGACCAGCCAUUCAUUUCUAUGGGCAAAAUCCUAAUCCCAACUAUGACAACCUUACCCCCUACCCAGUCCUAACCUUAACCACAAAUAACCAAAUAAAAUACGAGACUUAUAA